GGCUGUUGGUGGUUGCUAGGUAUUUUUUUCCACCUCUUCUCCGCCAGUUUCGGUUUGUACUUGUUGUUUACAUCUCAUACCUUGCAUACCAAUUUUGCUCAUUACGAUUUACGACCCGUGAUCGUCACGGCUACCAACUACAGUCACUUUUCAGUACACUCUGCAGAAUCCACGUCCAACGGUCUCAUCUCAAUCCCUGUAAUCGGGACCUGGACAGCUUGCAUACUUACUUGGGCAGGUGAAUAACAAGUUUAUUCCCCUUACCAACUUGACACCCCAAAGAACCCGCCGGUUUUGAAUGUUCCGCCGUUUGGCCGCACGUCAGUUCAGAAUGGCCGAGAGCGCAGCAAAAAGACUCAAGACUGAGGGUGGGUCGUCUGAGGGCCCUGUCACCAUUGGCACACACAAUGGUCACUUCCACGCCGACGAGGCUCUCGCUGUGUAUAUGCUGCGGCAGCACAUCCCCACAUACGCGGGUGCCUCCCUUGUGCGGACCCGCGACCCGGCCGCCCUAGCCCGCUGCCAUACUGUCGUCGACGUCGGCGGCGAGUACGACGCGUCGACGCUGCGCUUCGACCACCACCAGCGCACCUUUUCCACCACCUUCCCCGGCAGGCAAACCAAGCUGUCGAGCGCGGGUCUUGUGUACAUGCACUUUGGCAAGCAGAUCAUCGCCCGCCGUCUCGCCGAUCCGGACUGUGAUAACGAGGCGACCGUCGACAUGCUCUACGCCAAGCUGUACGAGAACUUUGUCGAGGCCCUCGACGCCCACGAUAACGGCAUCUCAGCCUACGACCCGGCCGUACUGGCGACGGCGAGCAACGGCCAGCCGCUGCAGAAGCGCUUCUCGGACGGCGGCUUCACGCUCGGCGCCGUCGUCGGCCGCCUGAACCCGAACUGGAACGACCCGAUCCCGGAGGACCCCGCCGAGGCCCAGGCGGCUGAGGACCAGCGCUUUGAGGCCGCCAGCGCCCGAAUCGGUGAGGAGUUCGACCGCGACUUGGACUACUACACACGCUCCUGGCUGCCGGCCCGCUCUGUUGUCGCCGACGCCUUCUCGCACCGGGCCGAGCACGACCCUGCCGGUAAGGGCCGCAUCCUCGUUUUCAAGGGCCAGUCCGUUCCGUGGAAGGACCACCUUUACACCCUCGAGCAGGAGAACCCCAGCGCGGGUGAGGUGGUGUAUGUCCUGUACCCGGAGAAGCCUACGCCCGACGCCAAGUGGAGGAUCCAAUGUGUGCCCGUCUCCAAGGACUCGUUCCAGAGCAGGCUGCCCCUGCCCGAGGCCUGGAGGGGUUUUAGGGACGAGGAGCUUGACAAGAUUACCGGUAUCCCGGGUUGCGUGUUUGUCCACGCUGCGGGCUUCAUUGGAGGUAACAAGACUUUCGAGGGCGCCAUGGCCAUGGCCCAGAAGGCACUUGAACUGGCAUGAGCUGCGGGGCAUGGUUGAGAGGAUGGUAUGACUGGAGACGACAAAAGCGAUGGACAAUUUGUCUCUUUUUUUUAUAGAAACAAGAUACCUG